AUGACUGUUAACAUUCUUGUGAUCACCAGUAUCCCCCCAAGCAACCGGUCAAAGGUCAAGUCCUCUGUGCAGCGCGGCUUGCGCCAGAAGCUGUUGGACACAUACCCUGGUUUCGAGCCAUUCAUCGAAGAAUUCAUGCCCAAGAAGGCUUCAUUGGAAGCUGUGAAAUUGCCCGACCGUGUUACCCUUUACACAAUAGACUCCACCCCCCUUUUCUUCCAACCCAUCGAUGGGCCCCCAGUACCCCAUCUCCGCCUCAUCCACGCCUACCCCUCUGCCAUCCCAACAAUCCAGAUUGACCGCGGCGCCAUCCGCUUCGUGCUUUCCGGUGCUACACUCAUGGCCCCUGGGCUGACCUCCCCAGGAGGUAGACUGCCCGAUGCAGAGCAUGCGAUUGAGGCAGGCCAGAUUGUUGGUGUUAAGGCUGAGGGCAAGGAGGAGAUUUGCCUUGUUGGUAUGCUGAAGGUCGGCACCGAGGAGAUCAAAAGCAAAGGAAAGGGUGUUGUUAUGGACGAAGGCCAUUACGUGGGCGACGGAUUGUGGAGAAUGCACCUGGAUUAA